AUGAUGCAGCGGACUUUGUUCAGCCGGAGGAGUGGGCUCCUGGCCCGGCAGGCGGCCGCCGUGGCCCUCGAAGGCCCCCCCGCGCAGUGUCUGGACCGCCGCGCCGCGUCGUCCGUCACCAUCCCCCCACCAGCAUGCAUGCUGCGGCCCCUGGAGGCGCCUCUGCGCUACCUGUUCGGACCCGGACCCUCCAACGUCCCCCCGCGCGUGCUCGCUGUCGGGGCCAAGCCAAUAAUUGGUCACCUGCACCCAGAAAUGUAUGAGAUUAUGAACGAUAUCAAGAAGGGGAUCCAGUACGCCUUUCAGACAGAGAACAACAUGACAAUAUCCAUGAGUGGCUCGGGCCACGCUGCGAUGGAGUGCGCGGUCUUCAACACGGUGGAGCCUGGGGAGAGUGUCCUGGUAGCCAUCAAUGGAAUCUGGGGGGAACGUGUUGCUGAAAUUGCAGAGAGAAUGGGUGCUAAUGUACAUAAACUUGUGAAAACACCUGGGAAUUACUUCAGCAAUCAAGAGAUUGAAAAGGCGGUGGAGAAACACAAGCCGGUUCUGUUCUUUCUCACACAUGGAGAGUCAUCUGCCGGGCUGUGUCACCCAAUCGACGGCAUCGGAGACAUCUGCAGAAAACAUGGCUGUCUCUUCCUGGUGGAUACUGUUGCAUCACUGGGGGCUGCACCCAUUUUUAUGGAUCAGCAAAACAUUGACAUCCUGUACACGGGUUCUCAGAAGGCGUUGAACGCACCACCUGGCACGGCUCCCAUCUCUUUUAAUGACAGAGCAUGCCACAAGAUGUUUAACAGGAAAACGAAACCAGUCUCGUACCUCUUCGACAUGACACACUUGUCCAACUACUGGGGCUGUGACGGCAAACCAGCCAGAAUGUACCACCAUACUGGACCAGUAUCGGGUUUCUUCGCCUUGAGAGAGAGUUUGGCCAUUCUGGCUGAAAGGGGUCUGGAGGAGUCCUGGAGGAAACACAAAGAGGUUGCAGCCUACCUAUAUAAAGGACUUGAAGACUUAGGUCUCAAACUCUUCAUUUCAGACAAGGGGAGUCAGAGAAAACGAGAUUUGCGGCUUCCGUCCGUUACCACCAUCGCCAUCCCUGAGGGCUACGACUGGAGGGAGUUACUGGUGUAUAUCAUGAAGAAUCACCAGAUGGAGAUGACCGGGGGCCUGGGCCCAUCCAUAGGCAUGGUGAUGCGAAUCGGCCUCAUGGGCUACAACUGUGAGACGACUAAUGCCGACAUGGCACUGAGUGCUUUGGCAGACGCGCUGAAAAACUGUAAAAAGAGCAAGGCUUAA